AUGUCUGCUGAGGAAGAUGUGGACGUGAAUAAAGAAUUUGAAAAUUUAUUGUUUACCGAAGAGAAUGCUCAAAACUUAGGUUAUAAAGAAGGUUAUGAGGCUGGGAAAGAACAAUUAAUAAAUGGAUUUCAUCUUGGUUAUCAUAGAGCCAGCUUGUUAGGAGCACAAUUAGGAUAUUAUAGUGGUAUCCUGGAACAGUAUUUGAGUACAAACAAGCCUAAUUCAGAGAAAGCUGUAUCUCUUGCAAAAGAACUGCUACAGAUUAUUUAUAGUUUUCCUAGACAUAACAACAAUACUGUAGAUAUAUUGAAGAGUAUGGAUGAUAUCAAAUUUAAGUAUGCCAAGUUUUGUUCGCUAACAAAAACAUCUCCAUUGUAUCCAGAAAUGGACAAACUUGACUUUUAA